AUGUCAUCAAGCAAAGGGAUAUCCCCCCACGCCACUUUGUUCACCCACUCCUACGCCCGCGCCACCGCCCUCGGCUCCACGGACCCCCAAGCCAGCGCAACAGCAAUGUCCUCCCACUACCUUCCAAACCUAACCUCCUUCACCCUGGGCACCACAACCACCGUCUCCACCCCUGCAGAAGCCGCAAAAGGCACACUACUCCAUCUGCAAAAACUCAUCAAGGCAGGGGUGGGUGCGGAUAUUAGAUUGAUCAGGGUGGCGGUCAAGGAGAUAUCGGAAUUUUCUGCCGCCGUGUUUGUGACUUGGGAGUUGGUUGUUGAUGAUAACCCGAUUAGCGAUGGAGGGGCAGAGGGGAAGGGGGGGAAGGGCAAGGCGAAGGGGUGGAGGUGGAGGAAUUGUUAUGGGUAUAGGAGGAUGGAGGGGCAGGGUGUGGAUGGGGGUGUCAAGGAAGGGUUUGAGUAUAUCGUUAGUGAUGAGGAGGUGGGCGAGUUGGUUAAGAGGGUGCCGAAGUAUUUUGAGAUGUAG